AUGAUAACCGGUGGAACCUCAGGUAUUGGCUUUGCCAUCGCAGAACGGUUCCUGCAAGAAGGCGCUUCAAGAAUCAUUCUCGUUGGCAGAUCGCAAGAAAGACUACAAAAAGCCGCUGAAAAGAUUUCGGUUAGCAACGGCACGGAAACAUCAUCAGAUCAAGUCCGCCUAGUCGUCGGGGAUGUAGGCGAAGCUGGAACAUGGAUGCGCGAGCUUGAGAAGGAAAUGGCUGAUGUCGAUAUUCUAGUCAACGCAGCUGGAAUAUCCAUCUCAAAUAUCCUACCAAAACUUGAAUUGGACGACAUCUCUCAGGUCCUCCGUACCAAUCUCGAAGGCGCGAUACUCACCUCUCGCGCAUUCCUACGCGCAGCUAUCAGGAGCCGAGUCCGAGACCGCAAAAGCACAGAUACUGGGCAAAAACCGCCUUCAAAAUGUAUCAUCAACGUCUCUUCACUUCUCGCCCUCAAGGCUGGCGCGGGGGCGGUCCCGUACUCUGCGUCCAAGGCUGGGCUCUUGGGUUUGACACGCUCCUUGGCUGUUGAAUCAUCUACCUCAAUGAGGGAUCUGGUAGUCCGAUCAAAUGCUAUUUUACCUGGCUACAUUGAGACACCGAUGACUGAAGAUUUCUCUCCGGGAGAGGUUGAAAGGUUGAAGGCCUUGAUACCCCUUCAUCGAUUUGGUGAUCCGAGGGAAAUCGCCGAUGCGGCGGUUUUCUUGGCUCAGAAUGAAUAUGCCAAUAAUUGUGUACUGAAUCUUGAUGGAGGAUUGAGUGCGGUUUAG